AUGGCCUUUAGAUCAUAAUUUAAAUAUCACGACAACACUAGUAAGACAGAAGUGGCACUAAAAAAUGUAAAACGUUACUAAAUGCAGGGUGGAUUAUUUUAUACUGGUGAGGACCAACAGUAAAGUGGUAAAAUGGAUUUAGAGAUGAUAUCGAGGAUACGGAAAAGAAGCUCCAACGCUGCAGCGGUGGUGCGGGAUCGACGGCACCUUCGGCUUUCUGGCCCUUUAAAAGUGUGCGGCUUGAGCAGUGGGAUUAUUUGCGCUCGGCGGUGGUGGACAAGUCGGCGGAGAGAGAAGGGACGAGAAAGAGAAGAGAGAGGGCGGUGGGGGUCGAGGGACAAGUCGAGCUGGAGAGGAGGAAUCAUGGCGGCGCCGCUUGGACGGGACACCCUACCUGACCACUGGUCUUACGGAGUUUGUCGGGACGGCCGCGUGUUUUUCAUCAACGACAAAACUCGCAGGACGACUUGGCUUCACCCUCGAACUGGCGAACCUGUGAAUUCCGGACACAUGAUACGUUCAGAUUUGCCCAGAGGAUGGGAAGAGGGCUUCACGGACGAAGGAGCCAGCUACUUCAUCAACCACAACGUGAGGUGCACAUCAUUUCGACACCCUGUUACCGGGCAGAUUUCACCAGAGAACACAGAAUACACGCUGCAGGACAAGAUCGAGUCCCGCAUGUCCAGUCGCACAUCACCCAGUAUGGUCGCCGAGUCCUGCAAACUUGUGACCUCAGCGCCGAUGGAUUCCACGUCGACCUCAAAGGCAUCCCGAGCGUCGAGUAGAUGUCACAGUUUCGGCAAGCGGGAUCAAGCUAUUAAAAGAAACCUCAACGUCCCGGUGGUUGUGAGGGGCUGGCUCUAUAAACAGGACAGCUCUGGAAUGCGACUCUGGAAACGAAAGUGGUUUGUUCUGUCCGACUUCUGCUUGUUUUACUACAAAGACAGCCGUGAGGAGACGGUCCUCGGUAGCAUUCCUCUGCCCAGUUAUGUCAUCGCACCGGUUACGCCAGAGGACCACGUCAACCGCAAAUAUGCUUUCAAGGCGAGCCACACGGGAAUGCGUUCCUACAUCUACAAUAAGAACUCUGUGAUCGGCUCGCAGGCGGAACACUGCGGGAUGCGGACGUAUUUCUUCAGCGCGGACACGCAGGAGGACAUGAACGGCUGGAUCCGGGCCAUGAACCAGGCGGCGCUGAUGCAGCAGAGUCACAGCAUUAAGAGAGAGCGAGAGAAGCCGGACAAAAGCAUCCAGCAAGCACUUCCUCAAACCAACCACGUCAACCAGAAGGCGCCUCAGUCAGAAACCUUGCGAAGGACGGACAGAGAGCAACCUUGGGACGAUGCCGUGCGACCGGGUCCCGGCGAAGAGGGCAAGUACGUGUUGGAGGUCCAAGGGAGGCCCAGGCCGUCGGAUCCAAGAGAGAGGCUCUCUCCGAACCCGGCGGACGGCCCGCCUCCGAGGAACGGCCAUCAAGCGAGCGCGCUGUCGCAGCACCACAACGGAAACCUCUUGUAUGUGAAAGGCGCCGGCACGGAGAAACGCGCGCAGAGGAAGAAUACGCUGGCUCAGGUGGAGCACUGGGUCAAAGUUCAGAAGGGCGACCCGCCAAAAAGCACUCCCAGCUCUGGCGACUACAAGCCCCCUAGGCGAACCCCCCCUUCACAAACCAAAGCCGGGACGGCGGACGUGUCCUGCCAGUCCCAGCCAAAGUCCCCCCGCCUCCCGUCCGGCGGCGACUCGCCCGCGUUCAACCUGCCCGGCGACUACAAGUACGCCCACGACCGUCUGAGCCACUUCCGCAUGUCCACGGACGAGCGCGUGGCCACCAAGGAGGGGAUGGUGUGGCAGCUGUACGAGUGGCAGCAGAGGCAGCAGUUCCGACACGGCAGCACCACCGCCCCCGCCUACUCCGGCCCCAACUUCACCGACUCCUCGUCUUUCACGGUCACCGUGGAGAUGCCGCGCUCCGUCUCCGUGCCGCCGUCCCCCUGCGAGGUCCCGCCGUCCGCCUCGCCCUCGUUCAAGCCGCUGUCGCCCCGCAGGCCGCACACGCCUUCGGGCAGACGGACGGUCAGGCCGCUGGGUGAUUUGUCGGGCGCGGACAACGCUGGCGCGACCUCCCCUGGCCACAUCUUCACGCGCCUCUCACAGACCUCGCAGAUGGCGAGACGAUCCAUGCCGGCCAUGGGCUACAUCACUCACACCGUCAGCGCGCCGAGCCUCCACGGCAAAACGCCCGAGGAGCUGACUCUGCUGCUCGUUCAGCUGCGGAGGCACCAGGCCAAGAUGGCCGGCGUGCAAAGCCCCGCCGCCUUCGCUCAUCUGCAGCAGCAGCAGCAGCAGCAGCAGCGGCGGCGGCACGACGGACAGCUAGGCCCCGACGUGCAGGCUGAUGAUACGUACAUCCAACUGAAGAAGGACCUGGAGUAUCUCGAUCUGAAGAUCGCAAGUCACGAGCCGCUGGUUGUUUCAGUUCACGGUGACUUUGAAAACGCCGCUCCGACUUUCGGAUGCCGCUGGAAUCUAAGCAAGGCCCCGUUUCAGGUCACCGGACGGGAGAGCCUCCGGAAAGAAACGCAGAGGCCCGUGAAAAUAGCGGAGAGCGACGCCGAUGUAAAAUUAAGCCGACUGUGUGAACAGGACAAAAUUCUACAGGACCUGGAAGCCAGGAUACGCACACUGAAGGAAGAUAAGGACAAGCUGGAGUCGGUGUUGGACGUGUCCCACCAGCAGAUGGAGCAGUACCGAGAUCAGCCAGCCCACACGGAGAAAAUCGCCUACCAGCAAAAACUCCUGCAAGAGGAUGUGGUGCACAUCAGGGCGGAAAUAUCCAAAGUGUCCACAGAGAUGGAGAAUGCGUGGAAGGACUACAUCAGGCUGGAAAAAGAUGUGGACUGGCUCAAAGCCGCCCUGCAAGGACAAAUGACUCGCGCUGACCUAUCUCAGCAAGAGAAAGCGCAGAUGAGGAAAGAGCUUUGGAGGGUUGAGGACGUGAUCGCAGGCCUCAGCAGCAGUAAAGACAACUACAAAGUCACCAUCUCCUCGGUGACCAACCCAGAGAGGAAAUUUGUGCCUUCGGUGUCUCCGUCAUCAGUGCCUUCGAUGUCUGGAAGCCCGUCUGCUAUGGAGAUGAGAUUAUCCCAGCAGCAGCACAGCCCCCACCUCAGCCCCAGCAGCCACAAUGCCACAACACUCACGCCGUCCUCCAGUCACACUCAGCAGUUGUCACCGCACUCCCCAGCCACCACCGUUGGACAUUCUUGGGCUGAGGAAGAUGUGCCCCCCAGACCGCCGCUACCUCAAGUCUACAGCCACGACGAGCACCCCCCCGCCGUGCCCCCCCUCCCCAGGGAGACCACAGUCAUCAGACACACUUCAGUGCGCGGGCUCAAGCGCCAGUCGGAUGAACGCAAGAGGGACAGGGAGAUCGGCCUAAAUGGGGAUGUUAAGGCGGAGCUCAGGCCUUUCCUGAGCGAUCCGGAGCUUGUCGGCGCAGGAGACGGCGCCAGCGUGCCCCGCGGCGUGACAUCACGGGGUCACGACGGAGGGUAUCAGACUUUACCCGGCAGAGGAGUACCCGCCUCCUCCCUCGGACUGAACCACUCCUCGAGCGUCUCGUCUUUCGUGACCCUACGGAGAGCGACUUCAGCUCCUGGUGUGAAGGAACGAUCCAAAAGUGCCUUGGAACGUCUCUACUCCGCGGAGGCGGCGCCUCAACGGGCGAGGAUGAGCGCCGACGAGCAGCUGGAGAGGAUGAAGAGGCACCAGAAGGCGCUGGUGCGACAGCGCAAGCGCACCUUGAGCCACGGCGAGCGCCAAGCCUCCGCGUCGCCGCGCUCCUCCUCCUCGUCGUCCUCGCGCCCUCGCUCGGCCGACUUUGGUUCUUGGAGGAGGGAGCAGGAGUUCGACCUGCAGCUGCUGGAGAGGGCAGUGCAAGGCGAGGAGGCUCAGGGCGUGAGGAGCGUCCAGGGGGAGGAGAGACCCCCCGAGCACAAAGAGAGACCCCGGUCGCACGCCGACGAUUGGCUGACCUUCAGCUCUGAGACCGGGACGCCGCCGACGCACGACGGCCUGGAAACUAAAGACUACGAUGCCCACUUGAUCAAAGAGCUGUCAAAACCUCAGAAGAUGUUGAUCCCAGAGCGAUAUGUGGAUUUAGAGCCCGAGGAGCCUCUGAGCGCUCAGGAGAUGGAGGACCGCCAUCGCAAGGUGGAACGGAUCAAGAGCAUCUUGGCAAAGUCGAGUGUCCAAAACGUGGCGCCGGCGUUAUGCGCAGACAAGUCCGAGGCGAGCCUGCUGGGGCUGGACUCGGUUCUGCAGGAGCAGGAGAGGAUCAUCACCAUGUCCUACAUGCUGGCCUCGGAGGCCUCCCUCAAGAGUAAACAGGUCACAGUGCCAUCCCAGGCGAACAGCCCCGUCCCGCCGCCCCCGCCUCCUCCUCUUCCUCCUCCGCCCCCUCCUCCCCCCCUUCCUCCCGUAUCUGUGGCGCCUUCCGCAUCCUCUCCUGUAAGCAACGGGAUCCACUACACGUUUGUGUAACGCGAGACGAAAACUCAAGCGAUUUCCGGCCACUGAGAUCUUUUUCCGACAACGGCAACAAACCGCAGGACUCGACAAACGAACGCCCUGGAAACAAUUGUAGACGUCACUAGAUGAACGUAGAACGUAUUUAACGUUUUCGUACGGCGCCAACAACCUCGGAAUAGAUUUUUUGUUUUGUUUUGUUUUGUUUCCAAAAAAGAAGAAAAAUAUAUUUUUUCUAUAUAUGAUAUUGCACUUUGAGCCGUGUACUGUAAAAAAAUGGCUGAAAUAUUUGUUAGUUGGCUAUGAAUGAACUUUUCUGUCCGUGUACAUAAUGUUCAAAACAAGAGGGACUAAAUCUAUUGUGACUGUCGACUUUUAUCACAAAAAAGAUGAUAUUUCUGUUUUCAAUUUUCCCACAAUAUCAUGUACGUAUUUACCAUAGCACUGCCAGUCUUCUGUUGGCUUUUAUUUUUGCCAUCGUCAAGCUGAAAAAAAAAAACAUAUUUUGUGUGAGACUGUAAUGGUCGCAACGUGGCCAUUUAUUCAAAUGUGAAUAUUAAAAGCCAUUAAGACAAACACAAACACAUGUUCAACACUGGAGCUGCUAUUGUAUAAAAAAAAAAAAAAGACUAAAAGCAGAGUUCUGAAAUUUUACCAUAGGCAACAUCAGCUAUGAUCGUAAAUAUUUGUAGCGUCACUUGUUGCUAGGCAGAUUUGGUGGGGCACGGCUAUUUUUGCCCAUAAGCACAUUUGAAAAGAACAAAACAAAACUUCACAGGGAACAUUUCAGA